CUGGACGCUAUGGCGGCUCCACCCCAUGGGCCGGGCCUGGUGAGCUUUGACCUGUUGCCGGACAUCCAACACGUGCAGCCUGAAGACUUGGAUGGCGACGUGUACGUGGACUUUGUCAGCAGCGCACAGCUCAGUCAAGCCUCACAGAAGCAGGAUUUCAAGAGUCCCGCCUCCAUGAAGUCAGACUUGAAGUCAAUCGAGACGGGCAGCAUGGCAUCCUGGCUGCCUCCCAAGCUGCCGAAGCCCAAGACGCAGGUCUCGGGGGCGUUUCAGAAGCUGCUGGAUCAGUUGGUCCAGCAACACAUCCGCGAGCUCAACGAAGGCGACAGGAAGAUUGAUCAGAAUAAGGCCAUGGACCAGGUGGAUCACAAAACCUCGAAGCGUAGCAGGA